AUGGCGCAGGAGCAUGCUGAGGACCGUGAGAAAAUGCUAAGAAAUUCUGUGAUGGAGUGGGAAAAAAUGGCCGAUCAGUAUAAGAACAUUGCCGAAAACGAGCGGCUGGCACGCCAAAUUGCUGAGACUAAUGUUAGCGAGUUUGACAAGGAGAAGACCAUGCUGAAGGAAGAAGUGAAGCAGCUUGUAGCAAGACAUGAAAAGGAGAUCCAAGCUAAAGACAUGCAGAUUGCUAUUCUAAGUGAACGCGAAUCUGAGCUUGAAUUAUCACGAUCUAUGAACCACCUUAACGAGAAAGCUGCUGCGGUCGAAGAAGCUGAGGCUGAAAUUGCUGAUCUGAGAAAGAAGCUAGAUCUUGAAAAGAUGUCUAAGAGAGCCGUCAUCUUGAAAUUGGAAGAGGAAAUGGCAAAACGAGUUAUAGAUAAGAGAGGCGGUAAGCAGCAUAUAACCAGAUCAGAUCUACUCAAGAAGGAUAGAGAAAUCAUCCAACAACAACAAGAAAACCGUCGUUUGUUGGCCAAGAUAGACGAGCUCUUCAGCGAUAAAGAAAGGAUGAUGACGGAUAUGACGAAAGAGUUGGUAGAUGAACAACUUGAGAAUGACGCUUUGCGAAUGGAAUUGAGAGAGCUCAAGGAAGAGCUUGAUGAGAUAAGACGACGGCGUGAUGGAACUAUAGAUGACACAAGAUCUGUUGAUUCUCGUGACAGUAUCCCUCACGCUAUUCGUAAUCUACCACAUGCUGGGUGGGUAUCUAUGAAACCUGAGAAGAGAAGUGCUGGAAGUAGGAAACUGAAAUGGGUACAAUAUUAUGCUGUGCUGAAUCAUGUUGCAUUCCAACUAUUCCCUGACGAGAAGCCACACUCAGCCGCCGUGAUGUCCAUUGAUACACGUCAACUUUGCCACGUUCGCCUUGUCACGGCUGCUGACGUUCGUGUAGCUGAUGCGGAACAAAUUCGCAGGAUAUUCCAUGUGGGUUAA